AUGGACGGCCGAACAGAAUACCAUCAACAGCGGCUGUCACGAGAGGGGUACGCGACGUCGUGCCGCUUGCUGGCGGAACUGCGAAUUAUCACGUCCGGCGAGCGGGGCGCGCACACGCGAGACGUCUUCCUAUCAGACGAAACGGAACGAAAAAAAAACCGAAAUCCAAUAAUAGUUAAUACAGUAGGCGCGUCGCAACUCGCCACCAACGCUCCACAAGUAGGUACGAAGCUCGUCCCGAAUUCUGCUUUUAGUGCGCGCGCGCAGGACGAACCACAUCGAUCAGACGCUGUCCCGUCGUCAUCGCAAGUCCGGAGUCUUUCUCAUUCCCAUUUCGCCGUCCGUCCGACCGGUUCGAACUUCACAAAUCGCAACAUUGCGCCGUCCCGCAACAGCAGGAAUACAGCCGACGACACGGUGCCCGCGACAAGAACGCGACGUGUCUGGAGACUUGUCAAAGACGCCGAUCUUUGGCCAAGUCGACGGAAGCGAACGGCAUUCGCUAGUAAUUUCACCGUCAGUCCCGCGUCCCAGAAGGGCGACACCAUUUAUAUGAAGUUUCUCGACACGGUAUCGCCAUCAUUAUCCAGAGCAAGGUCUGGGAGUUGUAAAAAGCUCAUAGAGCCAUUCAUUGGCCCAGCUACAAGGUGCAUGAUUUCUUUAAAAUACCAAGGUUUUAGUUUUCGAAAUUUGUUGGAACAGGACAUCAAAAUACUGCUGCAACCGACACAGGAAAUCGCAACCAUUCAGGGAAACGUGACGGGUUACACUUAA